AUGACCAAAUUCAACCGAAACGGUAGCCGCAAACCGGCGGUCAAAACUGAGCUCGGUGGCUACAAGCAGGGUUACGAGGUUGACCAUCGUCCUUUCGGUGGGCUGAUGCCAACGGGACCCGCUGGAUCGUCCAUGCCACUGGCGAACGGAAAGGUGGCCGGCGGCACGGGCAACUGUGGGAUCGAUCGUGCAAAUAGUGUCGCCACCCAUGGAGUGCAUAAAGGUGCACAAUCGAUGAAUGGUAGUGUCCCGAUGGGGAAUGGAAGUAAUCCGGGAAUGGGUCACAAUGGUGUUGGUGGGGGAAAUGGUAGUGGUGGUAGUGGUGGUGGCUAUUUACAUGAUCUCAGUGCUGAGCAGAAGCUGAAGCUGAACAUCCAACAACUUCACAUCCGACAGCGCCAGCUGCAGCUGACCGAUUACGACGACAACAGCCUCAGCUCGGAGGAGCAUGUCCUUGCACCGGUUUCCGGGUGCAUGGCGAGCCCGAACCGGCCAUGCCUGACCUGGGCCUGCAAGGCAUGCAAGAAAAAGAGCGUUGCCGUCGAUCGCCGGAAAGCAGCCACGCUGCGAGAGAGGCGUCGCUUGCGGAAGGUAAAUGAAGCCUUCGAAGUUCUGAAACGGCGCACCAGUACAAAUCCCAACCAGCGACUACCAAAAGUGGAAAUCCUCCGGAACGCCAUCGAGUACAUCGACAGCCUGCAGGCACUUCUCGAGGAAACACCUCCAGUCCACCAGGGCACGGACAUCACAUCCAACGGCAGCGGUUCGACUCAUUCAACACCUCAGGACUAUAUGAACUGCUGCCAGACGGGAUACCUGCGGGAGCGAUUAGGACAGCUAGGAAAGGACAACGACCGGUACUCACCCCUGACAGGAUACAGUCAAACGGCGCCAUCCGGGACGGUUAGUGGUUCGAGUUUGGACUGUUUAAAUCUGAUCGUACAAAGCAUAACCAACGCACAACAGCAACAUCAGCCGCCACAACAUCAGCAACAACAACAACAACAAACGCAGCAGGUCCAUGCGGCACAACCAUGCGGUCAAUCGAUGGCAACACUCAGCCCGACCGGGCAUCAGAACAACGGCAUCGGCAACAACACCGGUAACGGUCCCCCCGGUACUGGCACCUCCACCGGUAGCCAUGGACCGCCACAAAUGCAACUGCACCAGCAUCAGCUACUGUACAGCACCUUCUCUUCCCCAUCCUCGUCGUCGUCGUCCUCAUCUUCGUCUUCCUCGUCAUCUUCGGUGUCCUCAUCCUCCUCAUCGCCGAUGUCACCACCGCUGGUGGCGGUAGGGUCCCACCAUCAGCUGAGCAUUGGCAACACCCGACCCGUUAUUCCACCGACGUCAUCCAUUUCGUUACCGUAAACGAUGCACCGCUCUGCAUUUUGAUGCAUACUUUAAAAAAAAACACCCCUAAUUAAAUGUACAUACUCUGCUCGGUGCAAAUGUUGACAAAGGAAAACAA